AUGACUACCAUCAUUUCCAAAAAGCGCAAGUUUGUCGCCGAUGGUGUUUUCUAUGCCGAAUUGAACGAGUUCCUUCAACGUGAGCUUGCAGAAGAAGGUUAUGCUGGAGUAGAGGUUCGUGUCACUCCUGCUCGUACCGAGAUUGUUAUCCGUGCUACUCGUACCCAGAACGUUCUUGGUGAAAAGGGUCGUCGUAUUCGUGAGCUUACUUCGAUUGUUCAGAAGCGCUUCAACUACCCCGAGAAUACCGUUGAACUCUACGCCGAAAAGGUCAACAACCGUGGUCUUAGCGCUGUUGCACAGGCAGAGUCUCUUCGCUACAAGCUACUCGGUGGUCUUGCAGUUCGUCGUGCUUGCUAUGGUGUUGUUCGAUUUGUUAUGGAGUCUGGUGCCAAGGGAUGCGAAGUCGUCAUUUCUGGCAAACUCCGUGCUGCUCGUGCCAAGUCAAUGAAGUUUGUUGACGGAUUCAUGAUCCACUCUGGUCAGCCUGCAAAGGAAUACAUUGACUAUGCCGUUCGUCACGUUCUGCUUCGUCAGGGUGUUCUUGGUAUCAAGGUCAAGAUUAUGCAAGAAUGGGAUCCAUCUGGAAAGACUGGACCCAAGAAGCCUCUUCCCGAUCUUGUUACCAUCCUUGAGCCCAAGGAUGAUGAACCCACACCUGUUCCCGUCUCUGUCUCCACUGCUGCACCAGCUGUUGCAGAGGCUGUUGCACCAGUUGUGUAA